AUGAAACCUUGGGGUCCUAAUAAUAAGCUUAUACAUGUGGUACAUCUUCGUGCACCAGAGUCAAAACUUCCAUCUAUUAUUUAUUUAAGUGGCAUGGGUAUCAGCAUGUAUUAUGUCAAACCAUUGCUUUUGAAAUUCGUCGAAUUUAUGGACGAGCCUAUUGAAAUAUUAUCAUUCGAUCUUCCUGGAUACGGUGCUUCUGAACCUCCUAAUGAUUGGAAUACAGAAAAUUUAGAAAGUGAACUCUUAUUGCUAAAACAAGUAUUUACGAAAUCGAGACUUCGAAAGCCAUUUAUUCUUAUAGGUGGAUCAAUUGGAGGUUUAUUAGCACAUCUCUAUUAUUUAAUGUAUCCAGAAGAUGUCGCAGGUAUUAUUCUAUUGGAUCCAACACCGCCCACGGUAUUUGAACGAGAAAGUCCCGUGGUAACGGAUAUGAAUCGUGCACGUUUCAUAUGUAGAAUAAUGGCUCGUGCCGCUUCCUGGGGCUUGCUGAGACCAGUUUCAUUCUUUUUAGAUUAUUUCAGAGUUGGUGAUUUCGGUCAUUUCUUUCGUCCUUCACAUCCAGGUUACAUUGCUCUUCUAAUGACGCAAACCAUGCUCGAGAAGCUUGAAAAUCAAUUACGAUGCUGUUAUACCAUCCCGGAUUAUAUUUUAAAGCUGCAGAAGGAUGCUACGAUUCAUAGAGAUCUACCUUUGCUAGUUGUAAGUGCACCGGAUUCGACCAAAAAACGACCUCGUGGUGGUCUCACUGGAGAGGAAACUCUUCAAUGGUGGCGUGAUAAUCAAAAGCUUUUUCUUUGCAGUUCUGAUAACGCUGGUUUUAUUUUUCGCGCAGAUUAUAAUCAUGUACAGUGUGUAUUGGAUAUGGAACUAGCAGCUAACGCCACAAAAGCUAUCUUAACACAAAUUCAUAACGAGAUUAUUCAUUGA